AUGGACGCCCGAUCUGACCGGUCUGCUCACUACGGCAAUGCCGCUUCCAAAUCAUCCCACAAGCACUCUUCGGCGGAAUCACAAAGCAUACUAGCCAGGCGGCGCAUGGCCGCCUACGAGAACCAACCUGCCUCCCAAGACAGCAACAUGUACCGCGUCGCCUACCAAGGAACCAGCAUCAGCGAAAGUCAGGCACAACACCGCGCCAGGAUCGAGGCAGAGCUUGCCCGCAUCACGGCUCAGUCAAGAGGAGGCAGCCCAUAG